ACUGCGGCGACGGAAGUUCAGUCUGCCAGUCGCAGAAAUGGCUGGAUUGCUCAAAAAGACCACAGGUUUGGUUGGCCUCGCUGUGAGCCAGAACCCACACGAGCGUCUGGGAAAUCUGUACGUGAAGAUCCUGUCAUGUCUGCAGAGGAUUCCCCAGGACGCCGCUUACAGAAAAUACACUGAACAACUGGUCAACGAGAGAUUUGCAGAUAAAUGUCGCUUGUGUUUUAUGAAGGAGCCAGAUGUUGGAAAGCUGGAGAAGAAAAUCAAUUCUGGACAGAUCGAGGAGGUUAUUGCACAGGCUGAAGCGGAGCUCUCGCUGUCCAGAAAGAUGGUGGAAUGGAAAGCCUGGGAGCCGCUCAUUGAAGAAGCUCCAGCCAACCAGUGGAAAUGGCCCAUCUGAAGUCCUCCUCACUCGCAUACAUGUAGAUUAUGUUUAUAUUCAGGAAUAAAUCAACUCUGUCUAUUUAAA